AUGAUUUACGGCUAUUUGCUCAGCGAGCAGCACCACAACAGAUACGGUAGAGAGGACGAGGUCACGCGUUUCUCGAGGGACGUUGAAAAUCACAACUGCACUCUGAAAUGGGCGGGACUUGAGCUUCACCUGCUCACGAGGCCCGCUGAAACGCUUCACGCUCAGAAAACACUGAAUGCCGUCAUGUGCGGCGUUUUAGGUGCUUUUCUCGCCGUAUGGAUUUUAUCGGCGGAAGCCAUCAAAUUUCAAACGGGUCCGUGCGAAUCAGAGCAAUUGUGCGGCGAUGGAGUCUGCACAUACGGCAAUCGCGACGACAAAUUCUGGUGUAGAUGCGAAGAAGGCUACGGUGGUGAUCAUUGCGAGAAGAAGUGCGAUUUGAGUUGCGAGCCGCACCACAAGUGCAUUUUCGACAUUGCUAAACGACCGACGUGCGUCUGCAAAGAUUGCGACAAAUACGGAAAUCAGACAAUUCAAUGUCAAUUGGGAUUCGGAGGAGCGGAUUGUUCGAUUCAAGGAUGGUGCUAUCCGGACGAAUGCCUCCAUGGUGGCAAGUGCGUCGGAAGCGGCGAUUCGGCGCACUGCGUGUGUCGUCGUGAAUACACCGGCCAACGAUGUGAGCUCGAUUUCGACGAAUGCUCGGUGCCCGAUUUUUGCAACAAUGGCAAAUGCUUCAACUUGAACGGCUCUUAUCUCUGCCAAUGUCAUGACGGCUUCUUCGGCGCCAAAUGUGAACACAUUGUGGAUCCUGAACACAUCAUUGAAAUAAUUCCAAAGGAGAAUCCAUGUGUUGUCGUGUUCCUUCACAAUUUCACCGACGGUCAUGGAUUUGAGUGUCACCAUCAUGGCGCAUGCGUCACCUAUGCGCCGAACAAGACGCGAUGCGAGUGCGCACCGGGAUUCGAAGGUGAGAUUUGCGAGAAGGACAUUGAUGAAUGCGCGUACGAUCCGUGCGAGAACGGCGCGACUUGCGUCAACUCGCACGGCGAUUUCGAGUGCUUCUGCCGAAGCGGCUACGACGGCAAAUUUUGCGAGAACAACAUCGACGAUUGCGUCGGCCAUAAAUGUGCGCCGGGCUCGAAAUGCGUCGACGGACCAUCGACGUACACGUGCGAAUGCGAGCACGGCAAAAUGGGCGCGUAUUGCGACAAAGUCAAUCCGUGCAUCGCCGAUCCGUUCCUCUGUCAUGGUCGCGGCAUUUGCACCGGAAUGCCCGACACUGGCGAUUUUGUGUGCACGUGCGAUCGCGGAUUCGACGGCGAUCGCUGCGAAAUCGACGUCGACAUUUGCGAGACGUUUGGCGAAGAGACACUCUGCCCGCAUAAUGGACGAUGCAUCGAUUUGCCGGAUGAUUGGGCGUGCGAAUGCGCUCGCGGUUUCAGCGGGCCUCGAUGCGAGUUCGUCAUCGACAUUUGCGAAGCGGAGCGAGUCGAGUGCCAGAAUGGCGGCUCAUGCUUCUCGGGGCCAUUCAGAGAGCCGCUGUGCCAAUGCGAACAAGGUUACAUUGGAAGGCGUUGCGAGACGAAGUGCCCGGAAGGCUACGGCGGCCUUCGCUGCAAUAUCCAUCUCGAAGACAAAGUAUGCGGUCCGAAUCUUGCCAAGUGUCUGAACGGCGGCGUGUGCGCCGGCGGCUUCUGCAUUUGCCAUGCGAACUACACCGGCGAUCGAUGUGAACUUUCGAGAAUCCAUGAUCGCAACAAUAGCGAUUUGUGUUCGACGGAGCCGUGCUUGAACAAUUCCACGUGCAUCAAUGUCGACCAUCAAAUCGGCUUCGUGUGCAUGUGCAAAGAAGGGUAUUAUGUAAACGUUUGCGAGAAUCACUUUGAUUUGUGCUCGUUGAAGCCGUGCUACAACGACGGCAAAUGUCAGAAGACGCGACAACUCGAACGAGGCUACUCGUGCCAAUGUCGUCCGGGAUACGAGGGCGCCAAUUGCGAGAUUCUCAACACCACAAUCGAUUGCUAUUCAAGGGAUUGCCACAACGGCGUCUGCGUGGACGAAGCGAACUCGACGAAAUGCGUAUGCCAUUAUGGAUAUGCCGGCGCCGAAUGCGAAGAGGACCUCGGCAUUGGCAAGUAUGACCAUCAGAAUCGGCUCAUUCAUGAGAUGUGUGUCAGCCGGCGAUGCCAAGACCGCGCCGGCGACGGCGUCUGCGAUUCGGAUUGCAAUUUUGCCGAAUGCCAACAUGACGGCGGCGAUUGCAGCGUUGUGGAUGAGGCGUUCGCGAAAUGCAAAUAUAGAGGAAUGUGCGCGGCGUUGUACGCGAACGGCAUUUGCGACAUCGCGUGCAACAAUGAGGAUUGCCUCUAUGAUGGAAUGGAUUGUAUGCCGCUGGCGGCACGAUGUCCAUUGGCGAUCAGAGAGAGCUGCGAGCGACGAUACGCCGAUGGCAAUUGCGAUUUCGAGUGCGACACCGAAGGUUGCGGAUAUGAUGGUGGCGAUUGUAGUGAUGAAAAUACGACAAGAAUUCUCGACAACAUCCGAAUCAAAUUUUUGAUGAGCCGAAUGGAGUUUGAGACGAAGGCCCAUGAAUUUGUCAUGAAGGCGAGCGCGUCGUUCCGGGCGAUUUUUCGAAUUCAGCGCGACAAGAAGGGACCGUUGGUGUUCGAGUGGGAUGAGACGACGAAUCGCGGCUACGGUCGGCGAAUUGACGUCAACAUGACGCGAUGGGAGAAUCCGACGGUGAUGGCGAGAGCUGGUAGAAGUAUGAAGCGCGGAGUGAUGGCGCUUAUCGAAGUCGCCGUCGCUAGCGAAUCGGUGGAUCGGUGCGCGACGACGAGCCAACGACCGUCGUGCCUGUUCACCGACGCGAACAGCGUCGCCAACUUCCUCUCGGCGCAAAUCACCACCAAAGGCAAUCUGUUGGGCGUGCCGGUUUACGAGGUGGCCGUUGGGAGUCGCGCGCCGCGCAUCUCAUUCCGAUUCAUGCUGUUGAUUUUGGUGUGCGUCGGCGGACCGCUGUCGUUGUACGCCUACACGAUGAUGAUGUCGUCGGCGUCGACGAGACGAAAGGCACCGAAACGACGUAUUGUCGAAUGCGCCGGCACGUGGUACUUCGGGAAGCACGGCGAGCCGACGAUGGUUUGUGAGCCGAAAAAAAUGCGAUCGAGUUUCGAACUUGUCGAAAUGAAUCAUGGAUAUGCAGAGCCAUUCACUUCCUCCGCUUCCCCUCCACUUCAUAUUCAGGCGGCUGGAUCGCAUCCGAUCACGAUACCAUUGACGUUCGAGAAUGUCAACGAGCGUCAUCCCAAAUUUCAGCGAACCGUCCUUCAUUGGCUCGCCGACAAUAGUCAGCAGAAAAUGGAGUUUUUGAUUGUCUCGGAGGCCGAGAGAUGCAUCAGCGCCGGCGCGAAUGUGGACGUGAUUGAUUGCGAUUCGAACACGCCGCUGAUUUUGGCGUCGCGACGGAAGCGCUUGAAAUUGGUGUUGGUGUUGAUGCGCGUCGGCGCGGACACGACGAAAUUGAAUAAAAGCGAACGAAACGCUCUGCACGAAGCCGCCGCGAACUUGGACCUGCGGAUGAUGGAGGUCUUGUUGCGCGAUAGUCGUCUCGUCGCACGGAUUGAUGAUAUCGAUCGGAAUGGGAUGAGUGCGCUGAUGGAAGUGGCGAGCCUGGAUAGCGACACGAGGAUCGUCAAACUACUUGUCGAAAUGGGAGCCGAUAUCGGUAGUGAUGGGUUCGAAGAGGAGCCGUCGGAGAGCUUCAAAGGCCGAUCGGCUCUUCAUUACGCUUCACUCUAUGGCAAUGUGAAGAUCAUGCAAUUCUUCAUCGCGUUGAAUGUCGAUGUCGACAAGAUGGAUGUGAAUGAUGAGACGCCGCUGAUGCUUGCCAUCAAGAAUGGCAAACUCGAUGCGGUGCGAUUGUUGCUGAACAACGGCGCCGACAUGGAUAUGCCCGAUCGAUUGGAGAAGUCGGCGAUUCAAGUGGCCAGCGAGCUCCACUAUGAUGAGAUUGUCAGAGAGCUCGAGUUGGCUCGACAAUGCGUGACGACAUCGCGGAAGCGUGUUAAGAAGCGACGGAAGCGCACGAACACCAGGAAGGCGAAGAAGAAGGACACUGAGCGGAAGGACUCGUCGAAUUCGGAAGAGGACGUGACACCGUAUAACGAUGGAUUAUCGAAUCUUGAGGAGGAACCCAUCUCGAUGAAUGGAUCGCCAAUUCACAAUGUAUCGCUCAAUCUUGAUGAAGGGACUGAUCACCUUAUCUAA